GUUAAUGAGUAAAGGGAACAUGUCUUGUCAUGUGUGAUUGAAACCCAGUUGCCCACUAUGUCAUGUGCUCUGAAAAUUAUGUUUGACAUCCGUUCACCUUUGUGGUCAAUACUUAAAGAACAAUUCCCAGUUCCAGUGAUAUUCACAUGAAGGACUCUGGUGUGUGCACAUCCUUUGUGAACAUGGCAACAACUGGCUCAAUGUUCGACACAAUCACAGGAAACCACAGUGAUAAUUAUGAGGAUGAAUUCUGCGACCCAACAGCCGUCAACCAGUUUGCAGCGAUCUUCAUUCCAGGUUUCUUCUCCAUUGUGAUCAUCUUCAGUCUAUUGGGCAACAUCCUGGUCAUUGUGAUUCUGGCCAAGUAUGAGAAUCUCAAAUCCCUCACCAAUGCUUUCAUCCUAAACCUGGCUGUAUCGGACCUCUUCUUCACCACAGGUCUGCCCUUCUGGGCCUAUUAUUACAUGUAUGGAUGGACUUUAGGGGAACAUGCAUGCAAAAUAGUCAACUUUGUCUUCUACAUUGGGUUCUACAGCAGCGGUAUCCUCCUUAUCCUGAUGACUGCUCACCGUUAUGUGGCUGUCAUGAAUCCUCUAUCUAACAUUGUGUCCACCACAGGCACCUACAGUGUCGUAGCAUGUGUGAUCAUUUGGGCAGUGAGUAUAUUGGUCGCCAGUCCAGCCUUCAUCUUCACCAAAGUUGAGCAGAAUCAGUGUGUAAAUGCAAAUUCUUACUGGAGCUUAUGGAUUAUCUACCAGCAAAAUAUUCUCUUCCUAUUGAGUUCCGUGGUUUUCAUAUUUUGCUAUUCUCAGAUCAUACGCAGGUUGCUGCGUCCAACUGCCCAAAGAAGAAAGAACAAAACUUUAAAACUCAUUUUUACUCUCAUGGUUGUUUUCUUUGUGGGCUGGACACCUUACAAUGUAAUGAUUUUUCAAAAGUCAUUGUACUUCUGGAAUCAAUCACGUGCUGACUCAACGACUAUGUCUGAAAUGUGUGAAACGUUAAAACGACAACUUUAUGCCUUAUACGUUAGUCAACUUUUUGCCUUUUCCCACUGCGGCCUCAACCCUGUAUUUUAUGUGUUUGUGGGGGUUAAAUUCAAAAACCACUUGAAGAAAAUGCUAAAGGGCUGGGACCACAGCAAUAGCAGCAUCCGCAAUAGGCAAAGCCGACUCACAAUCACAUCGCUAACAAGUGGUGAAGAGUUCUCAGUGUAGUUGAUAUACUGAGCAGAAGUGAAAUCAGAACCUCCAUGUUUUGUACCAGAAUAAAGAAAACCUAAUUCAAAAUCCUAUUGCCAUUUCAAGCAAAUAACGACGGGAACAGCAGACUAUGCUGUGUGUGUUCCAUUCCAUAUCCCUAGAUAUGGAUGUAAAUAAAUAAAAAAUUGUAAUUGUAUAUUAAAUAUUUCUGCUUUAAGCUGCUUUAAAUGAACAAAAUUCCCAACAAACCCUACCAUCCAACUGAGUGAGAAACAAAUGGGUUGUACCAGAGUUUAUGCUAAAUUCACAGGAGGGACAAAAAUAAUCUCCAAAAUAUUCCAAAUAGUGUUCACACAUUAUUCUAAUUUGGGUUAACCCUACUGGUAGUCUUGUAGUAACACAAUCUAAAUAUGCAUAAGCUACUUUUACUGGGCUGUGUUGUAACUUGCUAAUUGGCGCUAAACACAAGGUAGGCUAAAUCUGAACACGCUAAUCUAAGUUGGUAAGCAUUGCAAAACAUUAGCAUGUUAGCAUUGUCAACGUGAGCAUAUUAGCAUACUGUAUUUAGCAUCAGUUGAAAACUCUGCUGUGCUUUUAAGUGCAGAGCUGCAUGGCUGCUUGGAAUAUUCCUAUAAUACCCUGCAUAAUUUUCAAGCUACAAUUAGUUCUUAAUAGCUGACAUAAAUCCAGCGGCCACUUUAUUAAUUACACCUGUUCAAAUAAUGCAAAUAAAGAAUGAAUCAGUCAAUCCUGUGGUAGUCUUCUAUUACCAGACCUACCGCCACAACUCUUGAAUUUGUUAAAGUGUUUAUUUUGACAUUAUAUUAUUAUCAUUAUUAUUUUUUUCUUGAUUUACAAUUAAAUGACAUUAAAAUAUUAAGUUCUGGAGUGUCUUUGUUUUGAAUGACCCUCACUGCUGUACCUAUGUCACCCAUUUCCCCAUUUCA